AUGGCUAGUCACGUUCGUAAUUCAGUCAAACAAAUCGAUGGCGACUCGUGGCUCAUCGGCGAGAAACUCGUCCUCCACAAAAAGCAGUCCGCCCAGGAAUGGUUGUGGAGGGAUAGCAACGACGGCUGCUAUUACAGUAUUGCGGAAGCUCCCACCCCGCUGCCUAUAACUAUACCACUUCAAAGCAAUAGCUAUGUGCGUUUAGUUCAUGAUGCUGGGGAUGCCUUGGCGGUCUGGAGCUUCGGCGAUGCAUUCCUUAAAGUCAAGCUGGUCCAGGACAGGACGGCCGCUACGAGGGAACACGUCACGCUGCGCUGGCUAGCAGGGCGCAAGCUCAGCUUUGCCAUCCCUAACGCGCUACACCAUACGGAAGAGGCCGAUAGGAGCCACCUGUUUGUCUCACGCGUACCAGGCAGGAGUGUCGCUGACGCCUGGAGGGGCCUGAGCGAGCAUGAAAAAGAGCACUGCGUCGUCUGCGUUGGUGAAAUUUGCGAGGAGCUGUCAGCCUGGGGCUCAGACGCCAUGACUGGUGUCGAUGGCGCCCAGCUUCCCGAAUCGUUUCUCGAUAUGUUCCACAAUCCACACGACUUCCGCCCCGAGACGCUCCAGGAGAACUGUAGCCAGCUGGGCAUGGGUUGCGACACCUUUGUUUUCUGUCAUUGCGACCUCGGACCAUACAACAUCAUGGUUGACCGAGGAGGCUCGGUCGGUGUCAUCGACUAG